CUAUGGCCGCUUUUCCAACGCUUUAUACCUUCUUCAAUUCUCGCCUAAAUUUUUCAACUGACCGAUGGUCGCAUUCUCUGGAGGAUUCCCAAGGAUCCAUUCUCGAAGAGCAACAUGAAAGAAUGCGAAACCUCGCCUAUUCAGAGACAUACAAGCGUGAGAGUCCUGGGCAAGUGCCAAAAGGACCCUCGCUAUCCGCCCCACAUCCAUUAUGGACAGCGCCUCUACAGCUGCUCACACUUUUGCCCAUACGACGUCUCUCGAGUUCUUUUCCCUUGUCCAAACAGUAUGUUUGUCGUGAAUGGAUGAGGGCCAUAGCUAAUACCACCUCUGCCCAGAUGCCACUCGCAUUACAAGUCUCGUCUGCCUCUCUUGGCGCUGUGACAAUGUAUCGAACAACCGCUGAAACACUCUUUCAGACAAUAUCUGAUUUUAUGACAUCAAUAAGACUCUUCUUUCAAGGCGUCUUUUUAAUGGCAUCUUUCCAUGUAGCCCUAGACCUAGAGCCAAUGCUCUCACCAGACCCAGAUGACCGCGAAGAAUACAUCACAAACGACGGGGGAUUAGGCAUGAAGAUUGAUAUCAGGGAUACACCCACUUUACACGACGUCAAUUUUCACGUUGAACCAGGAGAAGUUGUAGCGAUCGUGUGUAUAAUUCUCAUGGGGUUAAAGGGGUUAGAUACUGAUCAAAUGGCCAUAAAUAGGCUCUGCGAUUUUGAUGAAGGGGACUUCCGAAUAAAUGACCUCGAUGUCCGCCGAUAUGUUGCCGGAGAUCUCCAUGCGAGCACCUCUGCCGUUUUCCAAGAUUUUUCUCAGUUCAACGCAAGUCUCAGAGAAAAUGUUGGUGUAGGCUGCACUGACGCAAUGACGUCCGACAUUGCCUUAAGGAGCGCCCUACAAGCUGGUGGAGCUGGGCGGCUAUUGGAUGAGCUUCCAGAUGGUCUAGACUCACUCCUGGACGGUGGUUUUUGUUUUGGGGACUUAACAUUCCCCCAGUGGCAACGAGUAGCAAUAGCCCGAGCCUUCAUGCGGCCGAACGCGGAUCUAUACGUAUUCGAUGAGGCCAACAGUGCGCUGGAUCCAGUAGCGCAAAGCGAGCUUUUCGAGAGGAUCUAUCGAGGUUGUGUCAGAGACGAAGCGG